AUGUGGAAAGUGCUUCUGAUACUGGCAAGCGCCGCCGGCGCCUCUGAAGUUUCACAGAUGAACGGAACCGACGGACGCCUGCAUUCACUGCGUGGGCGCAUGCUGAAGCAGCCCGUGAACCUGCAGAUCAUUUGCGGCUUAGACAUCACCGGUGCUGUGGGAGCUGUCGGCCAGGUGGGUGCAGCAGCCCAUUUUGUGCACCGGGAUUGUCAACGCACGGACACUCCUCAGGAGAAGGCGGCCUGCUCCACGGGUGUAAACGCACUUAUCGCUCGGACAAUGUUUCUGGCCACCUUCAUCACGUCUGCUGCUGCCACAUGCGCUGACACCUUCAACGUCCCUGUGUUUUGUGCCCACUCUGCUUUCGAGCUGACGGGGAGCUUGGGCUUGAUCUCCACAGCGGCAUCUGCUUUCCAGCUGUCUUGCGGCACUGCUAGCCUACCUCCUCAGGAGAGGCCUGACUUGCCUUUUCCAUUAGCGCCCGCAGUGAGAAGACUGCAGAACCAGUCGGAGAAUGAGAAACCCAAGCUGGCCUUGCUGCCAGCAGCUCCCCGCGACGUGCUCUCCUCCAAGACGUUGGAGAAGAUCAAUGCUCGGCUCAAGGAUCGGGCGACGCGAAAGGCAGAGCUCUCGGACUGUGUCUUCACAAGUCUAGUCCUGAGCCAGUUUGCCAUUAGAGGAGGCGUGUUGAUCUCUGGCGCGGUUCAGACUUGCAAGGACUCAGCCAACCAAAAGGACGCUUGCAUGACUGAUCUUAGUGGCGUGCUAGGCUCCUUUGUCGUCACGGGUGCCUUGAUUUCGUUGGUCGCCUCAGAGUGUCCUGUCGGAAAAGACUUCAAGGCUUUGUGCGCCACGGAUGUGCUAACAAUGGUGAGUGCCAUUGCUUUUCUUUUCGAAUCAGUGGGCAAGAUGCAGAUUAACUGCGAUUUGCCUGCAGGCACCGUAGACCAGGUCAUAGCAGUAGACGACGAGCUGGCAGGUUUCGUCUGA